AUGAGAAACUACACCUCACCAAAUUCAGUUAAUGCUGCUAACAGUAGCACGAAGUGGGCCAGGGACAUGGCAGACUGUCGCAAUCAGUAUCCAGCUGUGAACCCGUGGCAUAGUCUGCUCGCAAGCAGAGAACGACUGCUAAAAGAUCGAGGAAGAAUAGGAAGCCGCUUUUACAAUCGAGAAACGGAUCUCAAUAGCAUCCGUCGAGGAAGCGUAAGAUGGGGCAAACGAUUUGACUCAAAGGAAUGGAGGAUGGCGUUCAAGGAACUUCUUCGCCCGACGAAUAUUGCUAUGAGCCGAAACUGGACACCUAUUAUCAGUGAAGUACUACCAAAGGAGAGCGCUGAGUUAGAGGUGAGAGCUUUCCGUUGCAACUGC